UCUUAACCUUGUUUAUUUCCAAGAGCAAAAGGAGAGAAUAUGGGGCAAUUGAAGCGUCAACUGGAGUUGAAAUCAUCAGCUGAGAAGGUAUAUGAUAUCUACCGGAACAAAUGCUUCGUCUUCGAAAAAAUCAUGCCUCUAGUGUUUCCGAAAGUGGAAUUGGUCAGCGGCCAAUGGAACUGUGUGGGCUCGCAAAGGCUGUGGACUUUUUUUGAUGUUAACUGCGGAAUCUGGAAGGACACUGUGGAAGCCAUUGACAAUGAGAAGAAGUCCAUCACAUGGACUUUGUUGGACGGUCCAGUGCCGAAGGCACGCUACGAGAGCCUGAAGGUGGAGUACCAGUUCACUGCCAAGGGCCAAGGCUGCACGGCGACAGCGGUUCUGACUUUCGAGAAGAAAAGCAAUGAUUUUCCCGAUCCCGUUAAGUAUAUGGACUUCAUCCAUGCGAUGUUCCUGGUAGUCGAUGCCCACCAUCUCGCGCAGUAAAAAAUAUGCGCUUAAAAUGGUAAAUCGAUAGAUUUGAGGGAAAAUAUACUACGUGUGGUUAAGUAGUCAAUAACAUGCUUUGGGAGCAUGGAAAAGGACGAUGUUUAUUUGCCUACUAAGUGUGUAAUCAUCCACCAAUGCAGUGUUGUACUCCUAAUUAGACAAUAUAAUAUAAGUAGUGCUUUGUGUGUCUAAGUUCAGCCAGUUGUGUUUGCUGAAAAAAUUCUUGCACGUGGUAUAAUAAUUCCAUAUAUUUCGUGGCCUGAAAUUUGCUUUCUAGUGCAUGAAAGAACGGACGAUAGAUAGACCGAAACGUUCAAAACGAGUGAUGAAAAUUUACCACACAAUAUAAAGUAAAAGAGAUGCAUACAAUAUAAAUAUAGUGGAGGUAGGUUUAUAGUAGUCGAGUUACGAAAUCUUGCGUGAAAAUUAGGUGCAUAACACAAGCUCAACUCCUCAAAUCACCAAGAUCAAAUAAGACGUUCACGUCAUUUAGACCGUCCACCUAGAUUUCAACUCGCGUUUUACAAGAUCCUUGAGAUUAGUGAGGCUUUUCAUGAAAUUUGAACUCUAGCCCUACACAACUCUGGCCUAUUAUCGUUAGUUUGGGCUAAAGCUUGGGCACAAAUAUUUUUAGCCAGCCAGGGCGAAAUCAACACUAGUGAGCUUUGGGGGCCUCCUUUACGGGGCAAGCAUGAUGCUUUCAAUGCACAUUUCUAGGGUUUUUCUUUCUUAUUUUUUUGUGAUAGGCAAGUAUGGACAACAUCUUUCUAGACCCAAAGUCAGGCUCGGACCUAUGAUCCUGGAUUUUAUGCAAGGAGCCUGGCCCGAACCUGUCUUGCUCAGCUCAUUGAUCACCUCUAGCCAGUCACAAUACAUCAAGAGAAGUGGCGGAUUUUAUAGGUAUUGUAUGACCGAAACGAUUAAUUCUUGCAGAUGCUGAUUUGGGCGGAUUCAACAGUUUCCAGUUUUCUCUUUGAUUCCUCCCAGAAUUUGACCCAUUAAAACGGAUGGUGGUGUGACUGAUUAACGAGGAUCUGUGAAAUGCAGGUACAGCAACCCCGGCCAAUGUUGGGUAGCCAAGGAACAAAGCCGUGAAUUGACAUGUUCAAGAAAGAUUAAGUUAGGGCUUUCCCCAGAUGUAGAUCAUGGCAUUGAUUCUCACCCUUCAUGUAAUUGCGCCCUCUUCAGCAUAAUCACUAGGUAAAUCCAUUGCGAUCAUUGUGACUGGUGUUACUUUUAAGAUUUGCUUUCUUUUAAGUCGUUAAGUGAAACCGGAGGUGUCGGACAUAUAAAAGUUAACAUAGGUGCGACAAGCUGGUAAAUGCUCUCCGCCUGAGAAAAUCACAUCAUAAUACAUGGCACACCAUAUGGUAAACAUUUGUCACCUAAGAAAUCCAUCUUAAAAUACACCGCGACUCGCCACUGAAUGGAAUCCACCAAUGAAACUCCAAUCCAAGACUUCAAUUCCAGAAAAUCAUUGAAACUAUCAUUUUUUUCUCGAGAAAAUGUUAAUAGGGGUUUAUAUAGACAACUUGGAACAGCCCUCUAGGUUAGGCAAAUUCCAAGACACUAACAUUUCAAUUUGCAAGAUAAAAGACCAAUAACCCCUGGACAAAACAUAAAUAAGAACAUUGACUCUGGACUCAAAUGAUCUAGAAACUAAAUGCAAUGCACGUGACUCAACAAAUAAAAUAUUAAGAUAAAUCAUUCUCGGAUUCCCUGAGUAGCAUUAACUAUUUUGGCAAAUUUUUUGGGGAAUCUCUAAAUUUGCUUGAAACUUGAUUCAUUGAAAACUAGAUACAUAGGGCUUUCCAACUACUAUAAUAUUUGACCAAAUUGAAAUACGAAAAGUCACUCAAACAUCACAUGAAAGUAAUCCAGACAGUUUAGCCAGUAGAGAUACACUUAACCGAGCUCCAAAUAA